AUGGAGAAAGGAAGAAGACUCUCUGAGGAAUGCAGUAGUGGUUCAUCGGCAUCAGCAGCUAUAGUUCUUGAUUUGUCUGACCUUGAAUUAAAGAAAGAAAGGGAGGAGAAUAAAACAGAGUUUGAAAGGAAGGAAACUGAUAAGUGGUCUUGGGAACUUCCAAAAGAGAUGAUAGGGAUGAUUUUGGAACGACUAGCGUUUGCUGUUAAUAUGCGAUUCGCAGCAGUUUGUGUGCCAUGGAAAAGGGUUACUAUGGAAAGAAACCAAAUGCGCAAAUAUCCCUGGGUGAUGUUCUCCUACACUCGCCAAACUAAAAUUCUUAGUUUUUUCAGUUUCUCAGAGAGUAGGGUUUAUCAUGUCAACAUACCUUGGAUCGAAGCGAGACAAUGUCUUGGUUCUUGCCAGCGUUGGGUUUUGGCUUCUAACCCCAAUCCGAAGCAUUGUUUUCUCUUCAAUCCGUUCUCAAGAGAAGCCCCAAUCGUUGAGCUUCCUUAUUUGAAGAUUUGGACUGGAAAACCUAUUUAUUGUUGGCACAGUCAGAAUUUCUUUCGCAAGGUGAUUUUGUCUUCCUGUCCUACUGAUCCUGGCUGCCUUGUUUUAGCCAUUAUGGAUUCAUGUGGGUUAGCAUACUGUAAACUUGGAGAUAACAAAUGGGUGUUAUUGAAGGAUAUUGAAGAGGAGGACUUUGGAGAGGAUGUUGUGUUUUACAAUGGGCAAGUUUAUGCGCUUUCAGAGACUGGUCAUCAGCUUAUGAUAUUGGAAAUGGAAGAUCCAGUUCUUUCAGGCGAUGGAGAUUUUGAUUUAUAUGGAAGUCAAGAUGAAGUUUCUGCUCUAUAUCCAAGAAAAGAAGUCAUCAAUAAAGGUAUUUCCUGGAAGACGUCUUCAAACUAUCAGAUUUCUUGUAUACAAGCUGGUGGAGUAUAA